AUGAUGCAGACGCAGGCGAACCUCCUGCUGCUCUUUAUCCUCCCGGUCCUCGCGGCAGAGAUGGCGCCCUUCCACGCGCCCGCAGCCCGCAGUCAUGUCGACCGCUCCAACUCUCUCUUCGGCUUCGGCUUCACUCCCAGACUCGCCCGGCUCGUCAAACGGGAGGAUCUCUCUGCCCGCCGCGCUUCAACUCCCUGCUGUCCCCUCGGCGCUGAGUGUACCGGCACUCUGAUGGGCACCACCACCGCAGCACCGGGGCCUACACAGACUCCCGGACCGACACCAGCACCCACUACAUCGACCUCGUCGGGCUUCAUGUUCCCCCAGCCAGGAACCACUGCUGCCCCGACGCCCACGGGUUCGACAGUGCCCGGAGCACCCUUCCCGUUCGUCUACAUUCCGACGACGUUCCAUAACUCGGCAGAGUGUGUACGCUCCUACUCCGGCUGCCAGUCGCAGUUCUCAGCCUGCACGGCUUCUCUCGGCGGUGCGUACGGAGUCACUAUCAACGGUGGGAACGGCGCUGGAGUCACCGUGCAAGGUGCUGCUCCCACGGGCGAUGGACAGGCCAUCUGCUCCAGCCUCCUGCUGCGGGCCUGCUUCGGACUCCAGGAGGGCUACUGUACCGCCUUUGGGAACGGCGGAGGCACCCCCAACGGCUCGCCGCAACCACCACACAGACAGUCGGCGCUAUAUGAGAUCCUAGCAGGACUCUCAAUCGCCAUCGCUGGAAUGAUUGCUUGA